UUUGGAUACGUAAUCAUCAUCAUUCGAAUGAAUUUGAAUAAUAAUUUUUCGCUCUCGUGAUAAUUCUCAUUCCAUUUUUAAAUCAAAACAAAAUGGGCCUUUGUAAAUGUCCUAAACGUAAAGUGACCAAUCAAUUUUGUUUCGAACAUCAAGUGAAUGUCUGCGAAUAUUGUAUGAUUGAUGGCCAACAUAAAACGUGCAUUGUUGGCCCGUAUAUGAACUGGUUGGAUAAUAGUAGCUAUGAAAGUCAAUGUAAUCUAUGUCGAACAGAUUUGAAUACAAGCCAAUGUGUUCGGCUUUGCUGUUACCAUAUUGUUCAUCUUGAAUGUCUUGAUAGAUAUGCCAGUAAAUUUUCGCCGAAUACAGCACCGGCCGGUUAUACUUGUCCAUGCUGUAUGAAACCAAUUUUUUCAUUUACAUCUCGUACACCGAUAACCAUACAAUUGGAGCAAUUACUUUCAUCAUAUGCAUGGGCUAAAGAAGGUAUUAGCCUUCUAAACAGUGGUGAAAAUUCACAAUCAUCGGCUAUGAAUGGUCAGGCAAGUUUUUCAUCAUUACUUGAUGAUUCUACCAAAAUUACUAUGCCAUCAACAUCAACAUCAACAGCGAUAGAAAAUCGUCAGGAAAAUUUUCAGCCAAGAAUUCUACACAAUUCUUUACAUACGAAAAUGAAUUAUUCAACCGCGGCACCAAUCAAUGUAAGCAAUGUGACCAGUUUCAUAUCAACAAAUAGUGAUCUAAGUUUUGGUUCAACAUCAUCGAUGAGAUCAAAAUUCGAUAAUGAAUCACGCCGUCCGUUACUUUCAAGUGUAAAUGAAAUAGCCGAAGAUAAAUAUCGAACCAAAUCACCGGUCGAAUUUUUUUCACGUUGGUUAAGAUCAAGAUCUACAUAUAUAAAAAAUCAACGUACAAUGUCCAGCUUGAAUCUGUAUAAGAAAUUCAUUAUCUAUGGAUUUUUGGCGUUCAUAUUUCUAUUCAUUGUUAUUCAUUAUUUCAUCAAAUAUGGUCGACAAUCGGCCGAGAAUGAUCCAUUUCUUAAUCCAGAAUUUGAUCCAAACAUUCGUAAUCAUGAAGAUUAAUUUUCAAAGUUUUAUUCUUUUGAAAUCAAAUAUCCAGUCUGUGAAUAAUAAUUGAUUUAUUGGAAAAAAAUAUUGAAAUAAAUUUAACAGAUUUUAUAAUGACAAUCAGA